GGCUAUCCAAAGGUCAGUUGUGUUUCGUUUUGUUUACAUCACCCUUCUUUGCUCAAUAGAGUUUUAAACAAUAUAUUUCAUGAUUCUCACCGAAAUAUGCUCUCUGACAAGGACACGGCAGCUGCAUCAGCUAGUGUGCAGACAAGUAAGGAGCAAGAGCCACAAUGCGACAGCAGCCAGCACAAAAGUUCUAUCAGCGGCCGAUUUUCCCAUACUGUUGGCGAAGGAGCAGCGCGAGCGCUGUAUGGAAAAGCUCCGUAAGUUGCCGGCCUUCCCGCGUCCCAAGUCACUUACUCCUAACAGGCACGAAAAGAACUCGGCCUCCGUACUGAUAGCAUUGUGCCUGGAGCGCGACACCAAUGAGAUUUCGCUGCUAUACACCCGCCGCUCCCGGCACCUGCGUAGGCACAGCUUACAGAUAUCGUUUCCAGGCGGCAAACGAGACGAAGGUGACACCAGCUUUGUGGAUUGCGCGCUGCGAGAAACAGAGGAAGAAAUUGGUUUGCCGCGAGAGCGCAUUCAAAUUUGGGGCGAGGCCAAUCCGAUCGAUCUGCCACGCACCGCCACCAUUGUCCCAGUUGUGGGCGUAGUGCCCGACUUCCAUGUCUCCCAGCUUAAACUUAACUGGGACGAAGUGGAGGAGGCCUUCAGUAUACCGCUUAACUCGCUGCUGUCGCCGUCCGCCGCCCGUCAUACUCAAUUUCGUACUGGCUACAGCGGACCAGUCUUUGUUGUGGAUCAACAUCGAAUCUGGGGGAUCACCGGCUAUUUAACAUAUAUGUUCCUGCGCUGCCUGCUGCCCAGUUCUAUGCUGCCCAAUACGCUGAAAACGAAUAUUAAGUUUAUACGACCAUAUAAAGUGCCACCAAAGCUGCCACAUCAUCAUGUGGAAGCAAAGGUCGAGUAGUUGUUGACUCGUAUCGGAAAUGCUCGAAACUGCAACGAAUUUCAGGUCAAAGCUCAUCUUAUUUACUGUUGUUUUACUGUGUAAUAUUUCACUUAAUUGCAGUAUUUAUCAAAUAACGAUGUACAUAAACUGAAUGUUAAUUUAAUAAAAGCAUGUUGGAUACAUUUUUAAUUUGACCUGUUGGUCAAAACCUUUGCUAGUUAUGUUGUUCGUUACGAAAAUAUUGUAUUUGUACACUCAUUUAAAAUGUGUGUAACAGGCAGUAUGAAAGGCAUAUAUAUAUAAAAUUGCUUGACAUGACUGAUUGACCGAUUGACUGAUGUACCUUCAUUCUCUCUCUCUCUCUCUCUCUUUCUGUUUCACACACUCUUACGUUAAUUGUACUCUCUCUCUCUCACUCACUUUUAUGCAAUUCUGUCAGGCAAGCAUCUUGAUUGCGAUGAUAUUUAAAGAGCAAUAAAUAGCUCCGCUCAAAUAAUGUUUUUGUUUUUAUUUUUUGA